AAAAAAUUUUUUUAUUUACAGGAGGAACAACUUAGAAACCAUCACAGAAUGUUUCAUAGUAAUCAAUGUUACAUUUGCAAAUAUUGUGGCCAGACUGUCAAAUUACGACAAUCCAUGAUAAGGCAUCUUAAAGAAAAACAUAAUGAACAUGAGAGUGAAUGGAAAAAGGCAGGUGUUAUAAAUUCAAUGAUAAUCACGAAAAAAAAGGGUUCAGAAUUGCCCAGUGAGUCGAAAUUACUUUCAGAAGGAGAUGAUAGUCGAGGAAUAAAAUCUUCAUUAUCAACAUAUGCAAAUCAAGGAGGACAAAAAGUAACAUGUAACCAAAUAAUAAACAAAACAGUGUCGUCAGAUGUUUGUGAAAAAUCAGUGCCUUUAAAUAGUGAACAAUCUGGUGAUAAAAACAGUGGACAGAUUAUUUCAUCUUCCUGUACUGCUGAUACAGAAGAACCAAAUAAUCAUGUAGGAGAAGAAAGUUUGCCAAAUGUUUACUCAAAUGAGAAUGAACAUAUCACACAUUCAGUUGAUAACUGUAAUGAUUUGGAUUCUGAAAAUAAUUUAAAGAAAAUACAGACAGUUGGAAAUUCAGUUCAGAAAUUCAAAAGUAUGAGAGAAGAAUGUGAAGUUGAUUUACAAACAGAAUAGAUCAUUUCAGAAAGUCAUUAAGUAUCAGAUAGUUUAAUAAUGUGAAACUAAAAGAAAUAAUUGUUUGAAAUUAAGAUUCAAUAUUUUUACCAAAUCAUUAUUUAUAUAAUUUAAUUUGCAUUGCUUAUUUCAAGUUACUUCAGCAUUUCUUGGAAUUAAACAAAAAAUAAUAAGCAAUUUUGUUUUAUAUUGAAAUUUGCUGAGUAAAUUUCCAAAAGUAUUUCAAUCAUUUCAACAAUUAUUCUGAAUAAGAUAAAGUAUACUAUUAUUUGUAAUGAUGUGUAAUCAGAUUUUCUUUGAAAAUUUAUACAGUUUGGUAGCACUCACUAAAUAAAUAAAUAUGGAUGCAAAUUAUAUAUAAGAGUAGGCUUACCAUAAUAUUUUUUUUUCAAACCAGGACAAUUUUGAGAAAAUACUCACAACAGAAAAUAAAGCCUACUAGGAUAAAUCUUAUGAUUAAGGCUGUAUAAAAAGUUAACAAAAAAUGAGUUAAAAGCAAUUUUUAAUAACUCAACUGAACAUACCUUAUUAUUAAGACGUUAUUAAUAUUUAUCACUAGUGUGAACUUUCUUUAAAAAUUCUUUGUCACUUAAAUCAGUACUUUUAAAGUAUGAUAAUAUAUUUGAGGAAGUUCCUAUUGCUAUUAGGCUUGCUUUAUGUUUUGCACAUUUCAAGUGAUUUCUAAUGUCCAAACACCCAUGAGUUACUGAAAAUUCUGAAAAAUACAGUUCAUAUUUCACUUCGUUAAUAUGAUCACAGACUUCUUUCAAAAACAGAUAAUCCUUUUUUCAAUAUUCAGUAAACACAUGGUUUCUUUUUGGCAUUUUGGAGAUUAAAUUAAUAUGAUGUACAGUAGCAAAUGCCAACUAGCAAUUUGAAUUUGAACAAGAUAGGACAAACGUGGCCAGUGUAAGUUUCAAUGUUGCCAACUCUAAUUGAAACAAAAUAUUUAAAAAAAUGAAAUAAAAAUAUCUGGAUCUCAUAGGCCACAUGCUAUUAUAAAUUCUGUGAAAAAAUAUCUAGAUGAAAAAACAAAUAAAAACAUAUAAAUUCAUUAGGCCAUAUGCUAUAAAUUUUGGGGAAAACAUCUUGACAACAUUAAAAGUACUUAUAUCUAGAUACAAAAUAUUUAAAUUGACAACAGUGAGUGUAACAGAGGGGAUUAUUUAGUUGCCAAAUUGCUAUUUUACCCAUGGCUGCACUAUUUAUACUUCUUGUAUAUUUGGCACUUUUAAAAUUGUACCAAAUAACUGGGACAAAAUGACAAACUGGCUGGGAUGCCGGGACCACAUCAUCAAACCAGGACAAUCCUGAUCAAAACAUGACGUCUGGUAAGCCUAUAUAAGAGUAUAUUUACUGUUAAAUGAGUGUGUUCAUAUUUAUUUAUUUAUUAUACUAGAAAUGUAUUUGUUUACAUACAUACAUAUAUACAUACAUAUCCUUAUGCCCAAUGUGAAAAGGGUGAGCAGCAGGAAAAAGGAGACUAUAAUCUUACAAUCAAUCUUUGAACUAAAUGUGUUUAUUUGAACUUUAAAUUAUGUUGCCAUAGAUAAAGAUGACAUUGAAGAAUACAUAGAAUCACAAACUAUGAAUUUUAAGUGAUUAAUGAAUGUAUGAAACUUUUAAUUGGUUCAUCAGUGUGAAGAAACGUUUUGAAAGCAAAAAACUGAAUAAAAAGAAAGGAUGAAUAGCAUAAUGCAAAGUUUGACAUGCAAGAUAGCAUUGAUCAACAUUGUAUUUGGAAAUAAUUUUUACAGUAGAAAUAUUUGCAUUGUAUAUAAGCAAAUUAUCAAGAAAAUUAUAUAAUCAUAAUCAAGAUACAUUUGACAAAGAAAUCUUUCUUUGGAAUGAGCCUGAAGAAUAUGCUAUAAUUUUGUGAGAA